AUGACAAUCUCUAAUGAUCUUCAACUCAAAGAAGAAACAAGAACUGGGCCUCUCCAAUGCAUUCUAUCAAGGAUGCUUGUAGGUCUUGUUGAUGAAUGUGGCAAUCGAUUGAUGGUGGAGGAGGAAUUAGCUUUCUUCAGACUUGCAUUUGGAGAUCUUAAUGUGCUCACCAACCAACAUAAUCAAAUUUAUUUUAAACAUCCUGCAUUCAUUGGAAAAAGUGUGUUGAACUUGGCUGUAUCAAACUUCCUUUCAGCAGAAUACCAAUGGAUAGACCAGGAGAAGAUGGAACAAAUGUAUACUCUUAUAUUCUCAAACGAUAAGCUUUACGAGAUGAUCGAGAUUUUCUUUGAAUUUGAUAAAUACCGUUCGAUGCUUUUAUUGGCAUACUUUAUGAACAUCAUGAGUACUCACUCGGUCGUUGAACAAUGGAUAACUUCUCUCUUGAAACUAUUCUGUCCAGUGAUAUUUAAGCUUUUACCUAGAGCACUAUACAAUCGGCUUUUUGGAUUGGAAAAUGAAGAGAAUGAUGUUUCUAUUUUCAAAAAACCUGAAACAACCGAGAAGUUCUUAAACUAUGUUGUUCGUGGAAAAGGGGAUAUUAGAGCGAUAAAUAUCGAGACUGUACUACCAGCCCCAUUGUCCGGGUGGAGCGUGGAGAUCAAAUACAAACUAUCGCCCAAAGCAGAAUGGUAUAUACAUAGCCGCCAUAGUCCCAGUAAGAGGAAGGCGCGUGAGCUAGCUAUAAUAGAUAUCGUGUCGUAUUAUUACAAGAACCCAGAGAUGAUCCACAGUCAUCACCUACCGUCCCUCAAUUCCCGUGAAAGCCCUGAAAAUGUAUUACUCAUACCAUACGAAGACUAUUAUGACAUAGAACUUUCUCUCAAAUCUCUUAUGAUCUUAAAGCCGGUUGUAAAAAAAGAAGAUAUUUUGGAGGGAGCUGGUUACAAAAGGAGAAUAAUGUUUUUGGAUGCUGACGACGACGACAAUGAUUUGAUGGUUGCACUGCUAGGUGACUUAUUGGCAAAGGAUAUUGCAGAAAAGCUAAGUGUUGAGGAGAGCUUAUCGAAGAAUGACUCCCACAAUCCUAAUAAGGAACCAAGCAUAUCCCAAAACCUAUAUCCUCGCUCUACCGAUUAUAUUGAUCCUUGCUACUUAACCAAGCCUCCUGAUUCAUCUAUCAGAGAUAUUAAGCAUGAUAUAUCUACUUUUAGCGUGUACAAACAAGAAGAUCUUGACAGUGUAAAAGCGGCAAUUGCUCAGAGGCCUAGAUUAAAAAGGGCUUUAAACGAUAAUACUCGACAAAGACAGCCAAAGGAUUACAUUGAGAGGAUCAAAUAUAUAUUAGGCGCUGAUAUAACAAUAACUCUAGAAAGCUUUGGGCCCCAGCACUCACUUUUAUUUAAAGCUACAUGUCUCUUCAGAUUAAGUAAAUUUGAAAUCGUCACAAAGGCAGUGCUGUCUAAGAAAAGUGAAGCUGAAAUGCAAGCUUACCGGAAUUUGAUCGAUCUUUUGAAAGAGCAAAAAUAA